AUGAUGGUAUCUCAUGAGCAGCAGGUCAAGACCAACCAGGUCAAGGCACUGGUGGCCAUGGCCAAUGCAGACUGCCUUGAGAGUCUGCACAAGUGCUGGCAGAAGCAGAUCUCCAAGAGGCUCACCCUGGGGCCUGGUGGCUGCUGGCUGGCCAACUAUGCUGCCAACAAGAAGGGAGAAAUUGGCUACUCACAGGUGAGUAUCAAGUCCACCAAGUACAUGGCCCACACCAUCAGUCUCCUCUUGUGGAAGCGCAAAAUUGAUGGGCAACUGCCAGUCUCCCACCUUUGCCAUCAAUCCAAGUGUGUCAACCCUCAACACCUCAUCCAGGUACUGCCUGAAUCAUUGCCACUCUCCACCAUGUUUAACUUCACACACAUGCACAGGAGGCUGGCCUGGCCAAUGAGAAGUGCAAGGGCUGCAGCAACAUGGCAAGACAUGGGAGAUGUGUGUGCUCAGUAUCAUGUGUGCCUACUCAUGAGCAGGGUUAAGCCCCAAAAAUGA